ACAAAGGGCAUCGACUGGAUGCCCAUUGUGUAGUAUGGCGGGGUCAACUUUUACCCUGAUGUUUUUAAUCGUUAUCAUUUGGAUUGUGUCUGCUUUUAACAUUAGUGAUAAUCCAGAGUUUCAAGAGCAGUUAAUUUUAAAGACGUUGGGUCUGUCUAGUCGACCUAGGCCGUCAGCGCAUGGCGCUGUUCCUCCACUGCUUUGGAAGAUUUUCAAAAAGGCCCAUUCGGAGGAUAACGCUGUAUCGACAAAUGACCCAUGCGUGGUUUCAGAGUUUGGGGUGCGGGGCAACAUAGUGCGAUUUGUCCAAGAUCAAGGUAGAAUAAUCCCGGGAUCCAACAGCCACUGCUCCAAAUGUGUGGAGAAGCAUCUGUUUUUCAACAUGUCUGUGCUCGAGAAAAUUGAGCAACUCUCAUUUGCACAGCUGGAAAUUAAGUUCAAGCAAGACUUUUCUCGCGUGUCACAGGACCUCGGUCAGCGCGCCUUUAGUAUGUCGCUUUUUAAAGUUCUGAAGACCACACUUAAAGGGGUGAAUCACGGUUCCACUCGACAACUGCUCUUCUCUCAGUCUGUGCAACUAACCUCUGGGUCUGUACGCUUUAAUUUGACUGACAUAGCAGAAUCUUGGAGAAAACCCAGCAAGAACUAUGGGAUGAUUCUCAUUUUACACCCAAGCCAGUUAACCAACACUUUAGACCCACUUUAUUUUGACAUUGAUAAUGUGAUUUCGCAUCAGUAUGUAGGUACAGUUCCAGAAUUCUAUACGUCGCUGGUAGUCGUGUCUUUGAACCCACUCCACUGCAGAUCGAGGAGAAAGAGAAGUGCUUAUUAUCUACCGGUCACGCCCAGUAACGUCUGCAAACCGAGACGGUUGUAUAUCGACUUCAAGGAUGUUGGAUGGCAAGACUGGAUCAUCGCGCCUCAGGGAUAUGUGGCUAAUUAUUGCCAUGGAGAGUGUCCCUUCCCCUUGAGCGAAAGUCUUAAUGGGACCAACCACGCCAUCCUGCAGACUUUAGUCCAUUCCUUUGAUCCGAAGGGCACCCCACAACCCUGCUGUGUUCCAAUUAAGUUGUCCCCCAUUUCUAUGUUGUAUUAUGACAACAAUGACAAUGUUGUCCUAAGGCAUUAUGAGGACAUGGUUGUGGAUGAAUGUGGCUGCAGAUGAUUUCCCCCCCAGAAAAAUGUUAUGUACUUUUUUGUGUUUC